AUGAAUCUUGAUGACAAGCCCAAGGCGUUCCAAGACGUCUCUGCUGCCGAGGGUAGUCUUGAUGACACCCUUGGUGAAUCAACAUAUAUCGACACAAAGGCACAAAAGAAGCUUUUGCUGAAGCUUGAUCUCUAUCUCGCUCCCAUUAUCACCCUCAUCUUUCUCUGUGCAUACCUUGACCGGUCAAACAUAGGCAAUGCACAAGCUGCUGGGAUGGGUGACGAUCUCGGUCUGGUUGGUAACCAAUAUGGCACACUUGUCUUCUGUUGGUCGGUCGUCCUUAUCGGUACUGGAUUCAUGCACAACGCUCAACAACUCUACGCUUCGAGACUCUUGCUUGGAUUAUUCGAGUCUGCCAUGUUUCCAUGCUUGGCUCUGUACUUGAGUACAUUUUACAUGCCUCAAGAGCAGGCGUUGAGAAUCUCUUAUCUUNUUGUAAGCGCCGCCUUGAGUGGAGCUUUUGGUGGUCUCUUCGCGUUUGCUCUGCUCAAGAUGGACGGUGUUCAGGGUCUCGAAGGUUGGAGAUGGUUGUUUAUCGUGGAAGGCUGCCUCAGCGUGCUUGUCGCGGUCAUCGUCUAUUUCCUUCUGCCGAACGACUUCGAGACGGCUAGGUUCUUGACCCAAGAAGACAAGGAGCUGAUGCGCACACGGUUGGCUCUGAAUGCCAGAUACAAUGGAGCACCCGAAUUCGAUUGGAAGGAAGUUAGGAAAGCGUUUCGUGAUCCUAAGCUCUACAUGUCUUGCUGGUGUCAGUUCAUGGCGGACAUCUGCUCUUUCGGAUUGAGCACGUUCAUGCCGACUAUCAUCCGCGGCUUCGGCUAUGGCACUGUUGAGACACAGCUGCUCACUGUACCGGUAUACAUCUGGGCUUCCAUUGCAUACAUGGUUAUUUCUUGGAUGUCCGACAGGUUCCAGAAACGCGCUUACUUCAUGAUACCUGGUGCAAUGUUGACCGCUAUCGGUUACGCGGUUCAGCUCGGCGUGCCACAGGUCCAACGGGGAGCUCUAUAUUUCUCCAUCUUCCUCAUUGCACCCGGCAUCUAUAUCAUCGUGGGUCUAAACGCAGCAUGGUUGUUGAACAGUCAUGCCGGCUACCACAAGCGCGCUACCGCUGUCGGAACGAACCAGGCUUUUGGCAACAGCGCGGGUGUUGUCGUCGGGCAGAUUUUCGCCAAAAAGGUCAAUGGCAAGUACGUGACUGGCUUGAGCGUCUCUUUGGGGGCUGUGCUGUUGGCGUUAGUUGGUCACGCUGCUUUGUGGGCAUAUAUGAGGCACCAGAACAAAAAGAGAGAGGCGAUGACUGAGGAUGAGCGGGAACGCUUGAUUGUUGCUGGUAAGGACGGUGACUAUCAUCCUGACUAUAGAUACGCGUUGUAG